ACCAUACUGGCGAUAAUACUUGGUUCCGACAAAACUCACCUAACAAAUUUUUCUGGUGACAAAAAGAUGCACCCGAUCUAUCUCUCUCUUGGAAACAUUCAUAAAUCCAUACGAAAUAAGCCAACCAAACGGGCCUGGUGCCUAUUAGCAAACCUGCCAAUCAGCAAAUUCUCGUCACAGGAAUUUGAUGAGAGUCACUUAGCUGAUGAGUCCAAGGGGAUGCCCAGUCUCCUACAGAAAAUACUUUACCAUGAAUGUCUUCGCAUAAUCCUUAGGCCACUCCGCAACCAUUCCGGACUCAAGGGUCCAAUUGUCCCAGUUCCCUUGCUUGAUGCUCACGGAAUGAUACGGAUGUGCGUGCCAAUCCUCAUGGCAUGGAUAGCUGAUUUGGAGGAAGUCCUUGACCUCCUUGGACUUCGGCGAAAUCGGUGCCCUAAGUGUAUUGCUGGCUACGAGGACCUUGGUGGCAACCAGGUUGGGGCCAACCCAACCCCAACCUGA